AUCUCGUCACUCCAGCUCGAAAAGUCGACCUUCCCGUCUCCGUGUGUUCCAUCCAGCACCGAAUCGAAACUCCUCCUUCCUCCUUCGGACAAUUUUCCCCGAAGUGGUGUGAGGGUGGGUUAGGGUGAACGAUGGAAAUAAAAUUUCACUCGGGCAGUAACAAUGAACCGCAGGAACUUUCGGACAUGAAUCGCUCGUUAUCCACGGGGACCAAUCACGUUCACGUCUGACGUUCACCCAGAGCCCUAGACGGGCCUCCGAUUGGACGUAAUCUCCGCCCAGGGGUUGUAUCGAUCAUCCCCCUAACGCGACACUCGCGUAGGGGUAUAUAAACCAGCCUCCCCAGGGACACGGACGAUAGUCGGAGUUCUUCCUAUUUCCCGUGCUGACCCCUCCAGUCUCCUAACCCAACAGUCAGGUGAUCCUCGAGCACCAUACCCUAAACUAGUUAGCACUGAUAAAAUCGAGAAAGAGGAUUAUAUUACGGAGGUAUUGAUUCGGGUUAAAGUGACGUUUUAGGGGUCUUGAUCGACCUGUGAUUCGAUCGUCGAAGGAACAGUGAAGUGAUUAAUGACCUGGUGAAAAAGGGGACUGGAGGUAUGGCGAGCCAUUCGAGUUACGAGUAUGAGGAUAGAGGACAGAGGAUGAGGCACAGGGUCGGGACCACGUCCAGACCGGCUGAUUCCACUGUCGCCUGUACCAGUAGUCAGUACUAUGUGGGACCCAGCAGCGACAUCAGCGAGGAGGACCUGGCGGAAUUGCCCUCUUGUGUCUACGCUGGAAGAUCAUCGCAACACGUUCCGCAUACUUCUUCGCACACCCAUUCUCCACUGCACUAUCAUAUGCCAGUUUCUACACCUGAUCACAAUGACACGGAAAUAAACGGUGUGGAGGAGGGUUACUAUCCAAAUGGCAGUCCUUACAGAAUCCAACGGCACGCUGCGAACAUUAGAGAGAGGAAACGUAUGCUCAGCAGCAUCAACUCGGCUUUCGACGAGCUCCGAGUCCACGUACCAACGUUCCCGUACGAGAAGAGGCUGUCGAAGAUUGACACCCUCCGUCUGGCCAUAGCAUACAUCGCGCUACUGCGAGAGGUGCUGGCCGCGAGGCUCGAUCCGUUGACGUACGUCGAGAGGUGCCUUAGAGGGGAAAUAAACGGGGAACGCGCUGAAUGGAACACAAGCGAUCUUACGGCGCGUUUGUCGUGGAUAAACUGGGAGAACCUUGGAGUGAAUCCGAACAGACGAUCGGUGUUGACUACCCUGGCCCUGACUACGGACAAUAUGAACUGAGGGAAUCGAUCUAUGGCUAGAUCAGGAUAUACAGAAUUUCUCGUUUUCUUUUUGUAAAUAAUAAUCUGCCGCCGCAGGAAUAGAGUGCCAAAGGACAUUUUAUGUAUACAUAUUUGAUUGUUGUACAUUUCAGUUCUCUAGUCAUCUAUAUAUGUGCAAUACGAGCGACGAUAUUAUAUUUCGUAUUUCUAUAUAUACACAGACACACACACUAAAUGCAAUACACGCGUGUACAUGUACAACAGAAUAGCGAUUCUAGUUUUAGUAUUUUGUUUGGAAUAAAAAUCAGCGCUCGCGAG